UGGACUGGAGCGUGUUUCAGAGUGACUAUAUCAUUCAUGCUGAGACGGCUAUGACAGCACUGAGGAAUGCUGAUGAGACUUUGAGUGACGGGCUGUUAAUUGCAAUUGUCCUGAAAGGGUUGCCCGAAUCAUUUAAGCCGUUUGCCAUCCACAUAACACAGAGUGACGAGCAGAUGACUUUUGGCGAGUUCAAAACCAAGUUGAGGAGCUACGAAAGCACCGAGAAAUUUAGCGCCAUUUCCACUGAUGACAACGUGAUGAAGAUAUCUACAGCGCACAGUACAGUAAAGUCCGGAUCUAUGAUUGCAAGCCACCUACUGUCCCUAUGUUCCUGCUCAACACCCACUGCUGUGUCUUAUUAUCCUACUGUUAUUUGUAUUUAUAUUUGUAUUAUUACCACUACCAUUACUAUUAUUUCAUCUAUCUGUUGAACUUGCUUGGUGCUGUGUGUUCUCCCCAAUAUCCCCCUCCUCAAUCCCGGUCAAAGCAGUUGGCCGUCUAUCCUGAGUCUGGAUUCUGCCUACCUGUUAAAAGGGAGAUUUUCUUUGCCAAUGUCACCAAAUGCUUGCUCAUGGUAGGAUUUGUUGGGUACAAUAAUGAUAACUUGUUUUAUUUUAAAUUGUGCUAUAGAAAUAAAAUUGAAUGGAAUUGAAUUGAAGCACAACCUUAAUAAAGUCAUGGACCAAACCAGCAAGGAA